AUGGUUGUUCACAUGUUAUCCACAUUUGGUACUUCAUGGAGCUGCUAUGGGAAAACAUGGUUAGGUGGUGAUGCACAACCAAAACCAGAGGUCGACAAGAAGAUCUCCUUCGUCCACCGUGGGCCGUCCCGACAACCUGAGCCCCUGACCAAGGGAGUGAAGAUGUCUCCACCACCCAAAGAAGAGGAUGAGAGUGGGGAAGAAGAUGAUAAACAGGGUGCAACUUGUGGGGCCUGUGGGGAUAACUAUGGUACUGACAAGUUUUGGAUUUGCUGUGAUGUGUGCGAGAGAUGGUUUCAUGGCAAAUGUGUAAAAAUAACACCUGCAAAGGCCGAGCAUAUCAAGCAGUACAAGUGGCUAGGUUGCAGUAACAAGAGACCUAGAGUUUAA